AUGAGAUCGAGAGCUCAAUGGAGUUUCGUGCUUCUCUGCGCGCUGCUGUCGGCGCUGAUCGCCUCCUUGAAUGGCACGGCGACCGAGAGCUUCCGUUACACGUAUCAUCUUGGCAAUGGGACGUCGCCGGGGAGCAGGGAGGGAGCGAGCGGCAUCAGCUGUAACAUGUUCCGAGGCAGCUGGGUCUACGACCAGUCCUACCCGCUCUACGACUCCUCCACCUGCCCCUUCCUCGAUCCGGAGUUCGACUGCCAGCGCUACGGCCGGCCCGACAAGUCGUACCUCAAGUACCGGUGGAAGCCUGAUGCUUGUGAGCUCCCAAGGUUCAACGGUUUGGAUCUCCUGAGGAGGUGGAAAGGCAAGAAGAUUAUGUUCGUGGGCGAUUCCAUCAGCGUCAACCAGUGGCAGUCACUCGUCUGCAUGCUUCACGCCGCCGUCCCCGACGCCAAGACGACCUACAAAAAGAACGACACGCUCUCCACUAUAACAUUCACGGACUAUGGCGUGUCGGUGAUCCGGUACCAGAGCACCUACCUGGUGGACAUCGUGGAGGAACCCAUCGGCCGCGUGCUGAGGCUCGACUCCAUCCAGUCCGGUGCGGCCUGGCUGGGCAUCGACAUGCUGGUCUUCAACACAUGGCACUGGUGGUCACACAACGGGAAAAAGCAACCAUGGGACUAUGUGCGAGAUGGAGACCAAGUUCUGAAGGACAUGGAUCGGUUGGUGGCCUUCAACAAGGGGCUGACUACGUGGGCCAAAUGGGUGGAUGCCAACAUCAAUCCUGCCGCAACCAAAGUCUUCUUCCAAGGGAUCUCCCCCACCCAUUACAAGGGAGCAGAAUGGGGGGAUAAGAACGCAAAGAACUGUUACAGACAAACGCAACCAGUAAACGGAUCGACUUACCCAGGUGGUCCGGUUCCAGCUCAAGGAGUAGUGACGAGCGUCCUCGGCGCCAUGUCCAAACCAGUCUACCUGCUCGAUAUAACCUUGCUUUCUCAGCUAAGAAUAGAUGCGCACCCGUCUGCGUACAGUGGAGAUCAUCCUGGUAUGGACUGCAGCCACUGGUGUCUCGCUGGCGUUCCCGAUACUUGGAAUCAGAUCCUGUAUGCAGCACUUCUUUGACGGAACCGAUACCUGCAACAAGAUUUUUGCAAAGACUGCCAAAGCAUGCAACUGGUAACCAGUUAGCAAGAAUUAUCUGAUCUAUCAUCGAUUGGUGAAUUGGUGAUUGAUCACAUGAUGUUUAUGGUAUUCCUGAUUCGAAUGGUGCCUUCAUUACUGAGAAACGAUCCUCUGCUUAAAUUACAAAAUCAAAAGAGAAGCCUCAAGUAGAGGCAGAUUGUAACAUUGUCCUUUGUCAUGCUAAUAAGUUUCAGUGGAACUCAAUUUAA